UUGGUGGCACUCAAAUUUUAUAUUAAUUUUUCAGAAAGAGUAGUUUCGUAAUAUGGUUUAGCGUGGCAAACAAAAGAAACAUUUUGAAAAGAUGCAUGGGAAUAUACUCUCGCAUUUGGAGAUAGGGUUAUGGCGGCCUCCUCUUUCGUUUGCUCGCCUUCCAGCGUCUUCGCUAGGCCUCCUCCCACUACCGCUAGCGCUGGAGGUCUGUGCUCGGCUUUCAGGGGCCUCAGCUUGGCCAGGCACCAUUCUUUCACUCCAAUCAAGCAGCAGCAGAGCAUUUCUCGCGUCGCUACCACGGUCAGCAAGCUCAAGACUCACAAGGCCUCAGCAAAGCGUUUCAAGGUGACUGGAGGCGGCAUUUUGAUGCGCAGGAGGGCUGGCAAGCAGCAUCUCUUGGUGAAGAAGAAUUCCAAGCGUAGAAAGCGCCUCUCGAAACUGGUUCCGGUGAAAAGGAGCGACUACACAGGCAUCGUACGAGCCUGCCCCUACAUGAAAGUAAAGAGGAGAAACCUCUUGCGCUCGGCAAGGAGAGCUCUUACUCCGGCAGUAGCAGCACCAUCGCCACCACCACCACCAUCAAGCGAUCAAGACACGCCGUCGGCUUAGCCUCCGUAAGCUAUUCUCCUGAAAGAUGUUUGCCAGGAGCACGUAACCAGCCGAGUCCUUUGGACUCAAAUCCAUCACA